GCUUACUGAAGCCUCUUACUUGCUAGAGUACUCCUUCACAACAUGAAGGUUUUUGACUAACCUACACGUCGGCGUUAAUCUGGCACUAUCAUUUUCGACGUAUUGCGAGGACGAUGCCGCCUUCCAAAAGAGAACUACGACUCAGGCGAAAACUUGAUAAAAACUUCAAACCGGCAUUUGAUAAGUACAACUCCGAUGGAAUUCCUUUGGCAGAACUCAAAAGUUUAUUAAGUGAUUCCGAUUUACCUCAAAGGCAGAUCAGCACUCUGGUCAAGGCAGCUGACAAGGAUGGCGACCAAAAAGUAGCCUACGAUGAAUUUGUUCGUCAGAUGCUUUCCGAAGGUGAGCAUACUUUGGAACGACUACGCAUCAGAAAUAGGGUGAUCAACCGGGCGGUUAUGGCCAUCGAUCCUUCUGCUGGGCGAAGACAUCAGCAUGAGGUCAUCGUCAAGUCGGGCUUGGAUGAAACAGAUACCUACAAUUGGGGUGAAGCCGAUGUGGACAACUACAUUCAGGCAUAUGACUGUCGUCCACCUCCAAUUUUCAUCCCCGUUGUGACUUUAUUGGAGAUUUCUGUGUUCAUCUACUACGGCUGGCGGCACAGCGUUGAUUCCGAUCCAUACAAUGAUGUAACAGCCACUUCCGGUGUGCCCAUCGACAGUGUUUUCAUUUACGACCCACGAAGACGCAUACAGGCGUGGCGUUUUCUAACUUACGCGGUCAUACAUAAUGGCUAUAUACACCUCAUCUUCAAUUGUUUACUCCAACUGGUCCUCGGCAUGCUACUGGAGUUGGUGCACAAGUUGUGGCGUUGCGGUCUCGUUUAUCUUUUCGGAGUGAUUGCGGGCUCUUUGGCCCAUUCGGUCACCGAUCCAUUCGUGCUUUUGGCGGGCGCGAGUGGUGGAUGCUACGCUUUGAUUGGAGCGCAUUUGGCCAGUGUUGUCACGAAUUGGAGCGCCAUGCAAUAUAAAUGGCUAGAUGGUCCAGUGAAUUUUCUGUCCAGCGGAGUGGUCCGUCUCAUUCUGAUCCUUCUGCUGGGUGGUGGCGACACCGGAUUGGCAAUUUACGCACGUUUUAAAAAUCCAGAAGCCAGUCGGAUUGGAUUUUCUGCUCACUUCGGCGGCUUUCUUGCAGGCGUUCUGCUUGGCAUCCCGAUUCUUCGUAAUCUCAAAGUCGAGAAGUGGGAAAAAGUUUGCUUCUGGAUUUGCAUUGUUUUCUGUUCCCUAUUUUUGUUGUUCGCAAUUAUUUUCAACAUCUUUUGUACGAAGAGAAACCUUUGCCCACCAUCCCUUCAAUGCCUUAACUGUUAGAUGUUCUCACCGUCAACCUGAAUCGGGUGUUGGCGUAUGGGGUAUUUCGCAUUUCCGUGCGUUACAACACACAUCACGCACAAUUGGCUGUCCAGGGGCACUGGAGUACUUUGCUCUCGGAUGAACGAUUCGCCUAUCGCCAAUCUUCAGUAGAUAGAGGAUCAUUCAAACAAAUUGUCGCUGCUUGUACCGUUCCUUACUGCAUGAUCGCUCCAUAAGUAGUAUACAGAGUCUCAAUCACAGCUGCGCCAACACCUGCAUUAUGUCUUGUGCUUAUAGAAUUUUUUCUUUUUAUUUUCUAUGGAUGCUCUUUGUACCUACUCGAUUUUUCCACGUGUGCCUAGAAUGUUCCCACUUCGCCUUUAAAUUUUGAUUUAUGUG